AUUUGGGUCUAUCUACAGAACAUGGACUACAGCUUCCCACCACCACUUCAAGGGCAACUAAGGAUGGGCCAUUAAUGCUGACCAGUCCCAGAAGUCCUGGAUAGAGAAUACUUUUACCAAGAGGGAAUGUGUUUACAUAAUUCCAAGCUCAAAAGACCCACACAGAUGCUUACCAGGAUGUCAGAUUUGCCAACAAUUGGUCAGGUGUUGUUGUGGACGCCUCGUCCGGCAGCAUCUUGGCUUCACUGCAAGCCUGGCAAUGAAGUAUUCCGACGUAAAAUUGGGUGAGACUGAAAACUUGGAGAAAGAGGAAUGGUCAGUGGAAAAACAUACUAAUGAGAGUCCGACAGAUGCUUAUGGAGUUAUUAACUUUCAGGGAGGGUCGCAUUCUUACAGGGCUAAGUAUGCACGACUGUCCUAUGACACAAAGCCUGAAGCUAUUUUAAGACUAAUGCUGAAAGAAUGGCAAAUGGAAUUACCUAAACUUGUCAUCUCCGUACAUGGAGGAAUGCAAAACUUUGAACUUCAUCCACGCAUUAAGCAGGUUGUUGGGAAAGGCUUAAUCAAAGCAGCCGUGACCACAGGAGCCUGGAUUCUAACUGGAGGAGUGAAUGCAGGUGUUGUGAAGCAUGUUGGUGAUGCACUGAAAGAACACAUUUCACGUUCAUCUCGGAAGAUUUGCACAAUUGGAAUUUCCCCUUGGGGUGUGAUUGAAAAUAGGAAUGAUCUUAUUGGAAGAGAUGUUAUCGCCCCAUACCAGACAUUACUGAACCCUCUGAGUAAGCUGAAUGUUCUAAACAGUUUGCAUUCCCAUUUUAUUUUGGUUGAUGAUGGAACAGUUGGGAAGUAUGGCGCUGAAGUAAGGCUUCGGAGGGAGCUGGAAAAACACAUCAGUCUUCAGAAGAUUCAUGCAAGAAUUGGCCAAGGUGUACCAGUUGUUGCUUUGAUAUUUGAAGGUGGCCCUAAUGUAAUCCCCACUGUGUUGGAAUAUCUCCUGGAGAACCCCCCAGUUCCUGUUGUGGUGUGUGAAGGAACGGGUCGGGCUGCAGAUCUUCUGGCCUACAUGCAUAAACAGACUGAGGAGGGAGGAAUACUUCCAGAUGGUUUGGAAUUGGAAAUUCUCACAACAAUCAAAAAAACUUUCAACUUCAGCCAAAGUGAGGCCCAUCAUCUAUUCCAGACUCUGAUGGAAUGUAUGAAGGCGAGGGAACUUAUAACUGUUUAUCACAUUGGAGCUGAGGAGCACCAAGACAUAGAUGUGGCCAUUCUGACAGCACUGUUAAAGGGUACCAAUUCAUCUGCAUUUGAUCAGCUGAUCUUGACUCUUGCCUGGGACAGAGUGGACAUUGCUAAAAACCAUGCAUUUGUUUACGGGCAGCAGUGGCUGGUGGGAUCACUGGAGCAGGCAAUGUUAGAUGCACUUGUUAUGGACCGAGUGGAAUUUGUGAAACUUCUCAUUGAGAAUGGAGUUAGCAUGCACAAGUUCCUUACAAUCCCUAGGCUUGAAGAACUGUACAACACGAAGCAAGGUCCAACCAAUCCAACAUUACUUCAUCUCGUGCGAGAUGUUAAGCAGGGGAACCUCCCUUCAGAUUAUAAAAUCACUUUGAUUGAUGUGGGCCUUGUCAUCGAAUACCUUAUGGGUGGAACUUAUCGAUGUACAUACACAAAGAAACGUUUCCGAAUUAUCUACAACAAUCUUCAUGGAAAUAAUAGGCGAUCUGGACGGCAUUCAUCAAGUAGUAUACCUCAAUUGCGUAAGCAUCAAGAGUCUCUGACCAAUCGAGCAGAUAAAAGAGAGAAGACUCGACAUAAUCACUUCAUUAAAACUGCACAGCCUUACAAACCCAAGCCUGAAUCCUCUGUUGAUCAGGGGAAGAAAAAGAGAACCAAAGAUGAGGUUGUGGACAUUGAUGAUCCAGAGACUAAGCGUUUUCCGUAUCCUUUCAACGAGCUGCUCGUCUGGGCUGUAUUAAUGAAGCGGCAGAAAAUGGCCAUGUUUUUCUGGCAGCAUGGAGAAGAGUCCAUGGCCAAAGCUUUAGUUGCAUGCAAACUAAAUCGAUCUAUGUCCUGUGAGGCAAAACAGAGUGAUGUGGUUGAUGAUACUUCUGAAGAACUCAAACAGUCUUCCAGUGAAUUUGGUCAAUUAGCAGUUGAUUUACUGGAUCAGUCCUUCAGGCAAGAUGAAACUAUGGCUAUGAAGUUGCUGACUUAUGAAUUGAAAAACUGGAGCAACUCGACCUGCCUCAAAUUAGCUGUUCAUUCAAGACUUCGUCCAUUUGUAGCGCACACAUGCACCCAAAUGCUGCUGUCAGACAUGUGGAUGGGAAGACUGAAUAUGAGGAAAAAUUCAUGGUACAAGGUUAUUCUUAGUAUUCUGUUCCCUCCUGCUAUUCUCAUGCUGGAAUUUAAAACUAAGGCUGAAAUGUCUCAUAUUCCUCAAACUGAAGAUGCUCAUCAAAUGAACAUGGAAGACAGUGAACAUAAUUUUCAGAGCCCAACUGAUCAAAUCUCAAUGGAAGUCUUCAAAGAAGAAGGAAUCUAUGACCAUGAAGUGAAACAUGAGGAUACAGUUCACAUUAAACCAAGGAGGCUGCCUCUUACUAGAAAAUUUUACUCUUUCUACCAUGCACCCAUUGCAAAGUUUUGGUUUAACACAUUGGCGUAUUUGGGAUUUCUCAUGCUGUACACCUAUGUUGUUCUGGUGGAAAUGGAGAAUUUACCAUCAGUGCAAGAAUGGAUUGUGAUUUCCUUCAUUUUUACCUUAGCCAUCGAGAAAAUUAGAGAGAUCUUUAUGUCAGAAGCUGGAAAGAUAAGUCAGAAGAUCAAAGUUUAUUUCAGUGACUAUUUCAACAUCACUGACACGCUCGCAAUUGUCUUGUUUUUUGUUGGUUUGGGGCUAAGAUUUGGAACUGAGCAAGUGAUGACUGCUGGGCGGAUAAUGUACUGCCUCAAUAUUAUAUUUUGGUAUGUGCGACUUUUGGAUUUCCUAGCCGUCAAUCAGCAUGCAGGGCCAUAUGUCACAAUGAUAGGUAAAAUGGUGGCAAACAUGUUUUAUAUCGUGGUUAUUAUGGCAGUGGUCUUACUCAGCUUUGGUGUUCCAAGGAAAGCAAUCCUUUACCCAGCCGAGUCUGCAUCCUGGGAACUAGCUAAAGAUAUAGUCUUCCAGCCUUAUUGGAUGAUAUAUGGUGAAGUAUAUGCAUAUGAAAUUGAUCCCUGUGCCAAUAACACUGAAGAUGGUGCAAAGCAGCGUUGUGUCAUUGGAUCAUGGAUAACGCCAUUUUUACAAGCUGUCUACCUCUUUGUACAGUAUAUCCUCAUGGUGAAUCUUCUAAUUGCAUUUUUUAACAAUGUGUAUUUCCAAGUGAAGGCUAUUUCAAACAUUGUGUGGAAAUAUCAACGGUACCACUUUAUCAUGGCAUAUCAUGAAAAACCUGUUCUCCCACCACCCCUCAUCAUUCUCAGUCACUUUGCUUUAUUGAUCUCUCAUGUUUGCCGAAGAGGAAGGAAACAUGAUCGAGGGCAAGGAGGCCCAAAACUGUUUGUAAGUGAGGAUGAUCAGAAAAAAUUGCAUGACUUUGAAGAGCAAUGUGUGGAGAAGUACUUCCAUGAGAAAGAGGAUCGUUUUCAUUCUGGGAGUGAAGAACGCAUUCGGCUGACUUCAGAAAGAGUUGAAAAUAUGUCCAUCCAGUUAAAAGAAGUAGGUGACCGUGUAAAUUAUAUAAAGCGUUCAUUACAAACGUUGGAUGGCCAGAUUGGGCACUUGCAGGACCUGUCUGCCCUUACAGUGGACACUUUGAAAGCACUGACUGCUCAGAAAGCUUCAGAAGCCACAAAGAUGCACAAUGAAAUUACUCGCGAGCUGAGCAUUUCAAGAAAUCUGGGAGAUAAUCUUUCAGAUGCUCCAGUUAAAACUUCUCUUAAAAAGAAGCACAGCAUUGGAACAUAUUUGGGCUCCUCUUUUUCUCAGCGAGGGAUGGACACUGGUGAUUCAGUAUGUGCUGAUGGUUCUCUUCAAGAUUACAUUAAUGUUUCCCAAAGAGAGAUGUUAUGCAGGAAGUAUGGCCCAGAUUUUCUUCCAGGCUCACAGAGGAAUGAACUGAAUGUUCAAGAGGCUGGUUCCUCAGCCUGUGCCUUAUUACAAAAUGCGGCAUCUCCCUCUGAACUUCACAUGGGGCUGGGGAAGACCCAAUCUCUGACCAGUGAUCAAAAACCAGGAAAGUCAUUCCACAGCAUACCAAAUCUCUCCUCCCCAGCUGCCAAAUUUUUUGUUAGUACCCCAUCUCAGCCAAGCGGUACAAGCCAACUGGAGCUUGUAGCUGACUCAGUCGACACAGUUAAAACUGGUAUAGAUGCCGAUGGCAGUUCUGUUGAAUUUGGGGCAUUUGUUGGCCACAAGGACAACUUGGAACUCCCAAAGUCAGGGACAAGGGAAGCAAUAAAGUCAAAAGAGCAGAAAUCAACGAAGGGAGUCGUUCAUGAUUUGGGAGUUCAUCGUGGUGAUCGUCAUUUGAGAGCUGUGAAUUCUUACGCUGGAUUUGCUGACCUUCGUGGCAAUCAUUUGACUUCUGGGACACCUGUUCAGGCAGUUUCUUUGCAAGAUAGAACUGUUAAAGACUGGAUCAGGGCGUCAGCUGAAGAUGUAACAUUUCAUCGAGAGGAUUCAAAGGCUUCCCUGCUGGACCGUCUUGAAGACAGACAAAUUGCAACCAGUUGUCAAAUGGCUGUUGGUGAAGAUGCCUUAAAUGCACAACACUUUUACAAUCCUCAUCAAUCUCAUCCAAGACACAAGAAGAUGGGAGUGAUCGGAUCUCCUUUCAAGCCUGUACUGGAUGUCAAUUACUAUUACUCAGCUGUUGAGAGGAAUAAUUUGAUGAGGCUUUCUCAGAGCAUUCCAUUUACUCCCCUCCCAAACAGAGGUGAACCUGUGACUAUAUAUAGGCUGGAGGAGAGCUCACCAAUCAGUUUGAACAAUAGCAUGUCAUCCUGGUCCCAACAAGGACGAUGUGCCAAGAUUGAGUUCUUAAGUAAAGAAGAAAUGGGAGGGGGAUUGAGGCGAGCUUUAAAAGUGGAAUGCACGUGGGCAGAGUUCGAUAUUCUGAAACCAGGUCAACUGUAUAUUGUGAAGUCUUUUCUUCCUGAAGUUGUGAAUACAUGGAAAAGAAUCUACAAGGAAGAUACUGUGUUACAUCUGUGUUUGAAGGAGAUCCAGCAGCAAAGAGCUGCACAGAAGCUUGCUUUUGCCUUCAAUCAAAUGAAACCAAAGACCAUUCCAUAUUCUCCAAGAUUCCUGGAAGUGUUCCUUCUGUACUGUCACUCAGCAAGCCAAUGGUUUGCAGUUGAGGAGUGUAUGACUGGAGAAUUCCGGAAAUUCAAUCAUAACAGCGGAGAUGAGAUCCGUCCAAACAACAUGCUGGAGGAGACCAUGCUUGCCUUUAGUCACUGGACCUAUGAGUACACUAGAGGUGAACUAUUGGUUCUGGACCUGCAAGGUGUUGGGGAAAAUUUGACCGAUCCUUCAGUAAUAAAGUCGGAGGAGAAACAGUCACAUGACAUGGUAUUUGGACCUGCAAAUUUGGGAGAAGAUGCAGUUAAAAACUUUAGAACAAAACAUCGUUGUAAUUCGUGCUGUGGAAGGCUCAAACUUCCUGAUAUCAGGCGAAAUGAUUAUACACCAGACAAAAUGAUUUUGUCUCAAGAUGGAGUGGAAGUUGCAAUCCAGUCCGGCAGUGGUACCAAAGAUGUAAGAAAUUCAAUCCACUUGAUGAUUUAGGAGAACGGUACAGGGAGGAGAUUCUUCCAGUUGGAUACUUGAAAUUGCUAAUGUUACCUGUUACUGGAUCAGAAGGAGUUUUGUGGAUGGAACUUUGAAAUCUAACUUUGGAUGGUACAUUGAGAUGAAAUGGUAACAGAUUUUGUGGCAUAUCUCUAGUUUUGUGUCAUGUGUUGACAGUACAAUGGAAAUGUUAAUUGACUAUUUUGUACCUGUCUUUGCUUAAGAUUCCAGCAAUGACACAAGCAGUAUAUGCUGACAUUGUUAAUGACCAGUAGUAAUCAGAUAGCAAUAGAAGAAAGAUGCAUUUCACAGAAGUAAUCUAUAAAAAAGCAAAAUUAAAUGAAGUGUCAACAUUUUAAACAGUUAAAUGUCCGAUUUUUAAGUCUUCGUGCAUUUUAAUUUUUUAAUCAAUUUAUUAAGAAAAGCCAUGUAAACUGGUAAAACUCAGCAACAUAAUGUGCAAAUAAUAUUUAUUCAAACCAUAGUUACCUACAAAAAAUCCUUGUCGUAUGUUUUGUCUGACAAUCAGACAGGUUUUAAUAGGCCGAUCAAUUAAAAAGAAUGCUAAAUAUCUGAUCAUUGUCCAGCGGUGUCAAAAGAAUGUUCUGGUGACCUGAUUUUUAAUGAAUUUCAAUUGAGUAGACACUUUGAUGUAAUACUAGUAUUGUGGUACAUGCAGAUUGAAUUUAAAAGAAAAAGUAUUGAAAUCCUUGUAAAUAUGGUAAUGGGCAGAUUGCAAUCUAUCUUUAUGCAAAGAAAUGAGACCCAAAUCUGUUGUAUUGUCAACAUGAAGAUGCUCUGUCUACCUUAAAUAUUUAUGUAAAUGGUAGCACUUGGGCAACUUUUCUAUGUUACAAAGAGGUACUUUUGUCAUUUUUAAAAAGGGUGUUUAUAUGAAGAAUUGUAUAAUUUUUAAUCUAAUGUAUCUUAUAGAUACUAUUCUUAAGGCACGAAUACAACUUGUAAUAAAAUAUGACUGGUUUUACAAAGGCUGGAUGGUGCAAACCAAGAGUUAGUGGGAUCAUGCUGCAUAGAUUUUGUACAUUUAAUCUAAUAAAAGAUUUUUGAAAUAAA